CCUCAAGAUGGCGCGGAGCAUACUGGUCAACGUCCUCCUCGUCCUCGGCCUCGCCCGCCUCGGCCGGGCAGCCAUGUCCGGACCCCAGUCCUUCGUCUUCGACUUCACGAACGACAUGGAGGGUUGGUCGUCGUACCGAGGCUCCUGGCGGUGGACGGACCGCGCGCACCUGAACAAUACGCUCCCCGCCGGAUCCUUGGACAACGGCUUCGCUGUCAUGGACGAACCCAACAACAGCGACGAACUCUACACUCCUUACGUGCGCGCCCCCUUCGGCGCCACCACCGUCUUCAAGUUCUUCCUCCGUUCUCAGUGGGAAGGAUCCAACACAAUGUACAUCAGCCUCAUGGAGCCGGGACAGAACCCCACGGUGUUCCUGGAGCUGAGUCAUUACGGCACGCUAAGACCAAGCCAAAUAUACGUAGCCACCGAUGUGUUUCAGAAACUCUCGAACCCGAACCUCGGAAGUGAAAAGGGAUACACGCUCAGCGUCGUGACGCUGCUUCGUGACCCGAACCCGAAUACUCCCAAAUCUGCUCCAACAGAACCCCAGACAACAGCUGCUCCAACAGAACCACAAACAACAGCUGCUCCAACAGAACCACAAACAACAGCUUGCUCCAACAGAACCACUAACACAGCUUUCUCCAACAGAACCACAGACAAAAAGCUGCUCCAACAGAACCACAAACAACAGCUGCCUCCAAAAGAACCACAAAAAACAGCUGCUCCACAGAACCACAGACAACAGCUGCUCCAACAGAACCACAAACAACAGCUGCUCCAACAGAACCACAGACAACAGCUGCUCCAACAGAAACCCGACACAACAGCUGCUCCCAAAAGAACCACAAACAACGCUGCUCCAAAAGAACCAGACACAAAAGCUCUCCAACAGAACCAAACAACAGCUGCUCCAACAGAACCCAAAAAACAGCAGCUCCAACAGAACCAGACACAACAGCUGCUUUCCAAAGAACCCCAAACAACGGCUGCUCCAAAAGAAGCCCCAACGACCGAGGGACCCCCAGGACCACUCAUUUUUUACUUCCAGAACCCGCCCUUGCUCAGAGCCCGUUUUCUGGAGGCCGUUAGCGAGACUGUGAGGGUCAAGAUCACUUUCUGGAUGGAUGGGGCACAUGACUUCCCUGCUCAGCUGAAGGUCAGGAAGCGUACCGACUACAGUAUACAGGGAUAUCCACAUUCACAUCACACAGCAACAAGAUAUGAGCUACAUUACUUAACAAUUAGCAAACUGGUGCUUAGGCUGUUUGAUGUCAUAUUAGACAUCAACCAUGAAUUGAUACGACGACGCACUAUGGCUGUAUUCUGUUAUAAUGGAAACACAGCGCCCGUAGGCUCUCUCAUGUACGGAUGUGCCCUUGAUCAGAUAAUAGUUGACAUACAUGGUGAAGAGACAACAGCUGCUCCAACAGAACCACAGACAACAGCUGCUCCAACAGAACCACUAACAACAGCUGCUCCAACAGAACCACAGACAACAGCUGCUCCAACAGAACCACAAACAACAGCUGCUCCAACAGAACCACAAACAACAGUUGCUCCAACAGAACCACACACAACAGCUGCUCCAACAGAACCACAGACAACAGCUGCUCCAACAGAACCACAAACAACAGCUGCUCCAACAGAACCAGACACAACAGCUGCUCCAACAGAACCACAAACAACAGCAGCUCCAACAGAACCAGACACAACAGCUGCUCCAACAGAACCACAAACAACAGCAGCUCCAACAGAACCAGACACAACAGCUGCUCCAACAGAACCACAAACAACGGCUGCUCCAACAGAAGCCCCAACGACCGAGGGACCCCCAGGACCACUCAUUUUUGACUUCCAGUCCAGUGUUCAGGGCUGGACUUUAAGCGAGAUGAACGGAGCUGCCUGGAGGAGAGUUACCUUCGAUAACACAAAUCACGUCGUGACAGCCCCUCCUGAGGGUGCGAAGGUUUUGCAGGUCUUCCCCUCACAUAUAUUCGCAGGAACAGCCCUUGCUCAGAGCCCGUUGCUGGAGGCCGUUAGCGAGACUGUGAGGGUCAAGAUCACUUUCUGGAUGGAUGGGACACAUGACUUCCCUGCUCAGCUGAAGGUCAGGAAGCGUACCGACUACAGUACAUUUGACAUUAAUCCUGUAAUGAACCUGGAUCCGUUUGGCGACCAGGAAAACCACAAAUGGAUUGCUUACAUCGCUUACCUGAGAUAUAUGACAAUUGGUCAGACCUUCACCCUCAAUUUAGAGGGCUCCUUGGGCGGUAAUCCAAACAACUCCGUGGCCGUUAACAAGAUUGAACUAGAAGGCGUCAAGGCUAUUCAAACUGACCUUGCUAACCUAAUGGACUUCGAGAAUGGUUUGUUUGGAUGGUCCACUGGCAACAUGGACGGAGGGCGAUGGGUACUGCAAAGCUGGGGCGACUUGGAUCCAUCCCUGUAUGUCCCAAAACCUUCUGAUGGCGAUAACUUCCUCUUCGUGGAGCGUUUCGACAUCCACUCGGGUGUGAUCUCACUGGAAUCACCCGCUUUCCCUAUUCAAGCUGGUCAGCGGAAGAAAGUUCAUAUCAAGUUUUGGAUUCGUGGCUCAGUUGUCUACCCUGCAGCUCUCAGAUUACGCAAGAAGUCUGUGAAUGGCGCAUACGAUGACCUUCCUUUCCUGAACCUCGCGGGGUAUGGAGACAUCGACAACCCUGACUGGAUUUUCCUCGACAAGCAGUAUUACAUCCCUAUUGACGAAACCGAAGAUGCAUUCCAGAUUGUGGUUGAGGCAGAUCUCGGAAGUGACUUGAACAAUCUAGUCGCACUGGACGAUCUAAGAAUUAUCACCGAGAACGUUUCAGCUUAGAGGCAGAAUAGGCCUACUUUUUAAUCACGACUAACAUAUUUCAUCGAGAGUGGAUGGAUGUGCCUUUGCUUGCAGUCUUCUUAGGACUGAAAAGAAGAAAGAUAAUCAACAUUAUUUACAUUUCAUGGUUAUUCUUAUGUCUAUGUAUGAAUUAAUAUGGCUUAGUUCUUAUACAUCUUCACGUGUAUUUUUUUUAUUGUACAUGACCAAUAAACUUUUAAAAUGAAA